AUGGCCGAUCAAUCACCUCCUCUGCUGCGACCCCGUCCUCGCCGUCCCUUUGAACUCACACCCAUGUCAUCCACAGCCGGCAACUCGUCCGACGGCCACGAAACUCCUGACCCCCAAUCUCCCAGCGCCGCUGAAGAGUCAGGCCUCCCCCCAUCUCGCACACGCUCCUUCCUCAACCUGACCACGUCCACUCUGUUUGGCAUCUACUCGCCCGCUGGCUAUGCACCCGACCGCGACGAAACGCCCUGGGGUGCCGGCGCUCAAACACCCAUCGACAGCAAAGGCCUGAACAUCGCUGAUAUCGACGGCAAUGUCGACGAUGCCCUGAUGCUCAGAAGCAAAAAAAGACGAGGCAGUAUGCUUGAGGCAUCCACAAAGCGUUUGCAGCAAAAGCAACGCCAAAAGAAAAAGACAUUCGGCAAUUCAGUGGUGCCUUUUGUGGGCAAGACUUUCGUGCUGGGGGCAGCGGGUGUUGCGUAUGGCCAGUUGAUUGCGAGAUUGCAUGACCAGCAGAGUAUUGUGCCCGUGCAGGUCGAGGGCAUGCCUGCGGAUUCGUGGGCGUAUAUUGCGUAUUGGUGUUUCAGCGGUGUUGCGUUGGGGCUUGCGUUGCCAUGGGUGGACUCGAUUUGGAUGAGUGAUGGGAGUGGUGAGAGCGAGGCCGAGAGGGAGUACAGGACUUCUGGAUCUGGCUCUUCGCGUCGCAGUGGAACUGAUACGCAUAGUCGUAGUCAGAGCUGGACGCCUGGGUGGAAUGAGGUGGUGAGGUUUAUUGGUGCUGCUGUGGGCAUUGUUUUUGCUAUUCGUCGUCUUCCCUGGCAAUCACCCCUCCAACUCAGCCUCACCCUCGCCCUCGCCAACCCAGCCAUCUGGUACCUCCUCGACCGCACCGGCCCGUGCUUCAUUCUGGCCACCACUGUUGCUCUGACCGGCACUGGACUUCUUCUGUCUAUCAACCCUGACUUGAUACCUUCUCCCCACCCUGCCAACAUUCAGUCGUUCUCGAAUGUUGCUAAUGCUACGGUUAAUGCGGGCAGAGGACAUGAUCUUGUGCUUGGUGCUUUCACGCUCGAGUCUGUGGGCGUCGCUACUUGGAUCGCUAGUGUUUUGUUUGUCAGUGCUGUUGCGUUUGGAAACAUUGGACGUAGGCUGUAA